AUGGUUUUUCAAAGCCUGUGUGCAUUGCAUGUCGAUGAAGUAAAAGAUAUUAUGAUGCUCAUUAUCCCCAACAUCCACUGUUGUGCCCACAACCUGCAGGAGCUCCGGAGAAGCGCCUCGCUGGCCACCAAGGUCUUCAUCCAGAGAGACUACAGCGACGGGACCAUCUGUCAGUUCCAGACCAAAUUUCCCCCUGAGUUGGACAGCCGGAUUGAGCGGCAGCUCUUCGAAGAGACCGUGAAGACCCUCAACGGCUUCUACGCAGAGGCCGAGAAGAUCGGGGGCAGCUCCUAUCUGGAGGGCUGCCUGGCCUGUGCUACGGCCUACUUCAUCUUCCUCUGCAUGGAGACCCACUACGAGAAGGUCCUCAAGAAGAUUUCCCGCUACAUCCAGGAGCAGAAUGAGAAGGUUUUCGCGCCUCGAGGCCUCCUGCUCACAGAUCCCGUGGAGCGAGGGAUGAGGGUCAUCGAGAUCUCCAUCUACGAGGACCGGUGUAGCAGCGGCAGCUCCAGCAGCGGCAGCAGCAGCGGCAAAAAACCUGCAGGGAGUUCAACCGGCGGGCCCAGGCGGCUCCUGCGGCGGGUUCUUCCCACACUGAGGAAGGCCCAUGUGCGCGGGAACCGCGGGUUACAGAAGCGCGAGGCGCCGCCGCGUGGCAGAAACGCGCACUGCACCCAAGAAUGGAAAGUUCUGGACAGAGCUACUCAGUCCUCACUGUACAACGUCCCCGGGAAUGAAACCGGCAGCAACGGUGUUUACACAGGGCUGCCCCCGGCAGGUGAAGGGCAGAUGCAGCCCCACCAGCCUGGUUCCGUGCUCCUGGCCCUGCCUCCCUACUCCGGGUUGAGCCGGGACCUUCAUUCAGAUUUUGAAUCUCAGCUGCACUUCAAGGUCCAAGCCUGA